CGUGCCCUGCGUGCCCUGCGUGAGCGUGCGCGGGCGCGUCCGCCGGCGAGGGAGCAGCAAACGGCCGGCGGCGGGCGCCGCGCGGGGGGCGGGCGGCGCGGAGGCGGCGGUGGCCAUGGCCGAGGCGUCGCCGCAGCCCGGACGGUUCUUCUGCCACUGCUGCUCUGUCGAGAUCGUGCCGCGCCUGCCGGAUUACAUCUGCCCAAGAUGUGAGUCUGGUUUUAUCGAGGAGCUUCCAGAAGAGACCAGGAAUACAGAAAAUGGUUCCACCCCCUCAACAGCCCCCACCGACCAGAGCCGGCAGCCAUUUGAGAACGUGGACCAGCAUCUGUUCACGCUGCCCCAGGGCUAUGGACAGUUUGCUUUCGGCAUCUUUGACGACAGCUUUGAGAUCCCCACGUUCCCUCCUGGGGGACAAGCCAACGAUGGCAGGGACCCUGAGAGCCGGCGGGAGAGAGAACAUCAGUCCCGGCAUCGGUAUGGCGCCCGGCAGCCCCGCGCCCGCCUCACCGCCCGGCGGGCCACCGGCCGGCACGAAGGCGUCCCCACGCUGGAAGGGAUCAUCCAGCAGCUGGUCAAUGGCAUCAUCACUCCAGCCACUAUCCCCAACCUGGGCCUGGGCCCCUGGGGCGUCCUGCACUCGAACCCGAUGGACUACGCCUGGGGGGCCAAUGGCCUGGAUGCCAUCAUCACGCAGCUUCUCAAUCAGUUUGAAAACACGGGUCCUCCGCCCGCAGACAAGGAGAAAAUCCAGGCCCUCCCCACGGUCCCUGUCACCGAGGAGCACGUAGGCUCCGGGCUUGAAUGCCCUGUAUGCAAGGAUGACUAUGCACUGGGUGAGAACGUGCGACAACUGCCCUGCAACCACCUCUUCCAUGAUGGCUGCAUUGUGCCCUGGCUAGAGCAGCUCACCCAGCAACGAGAACGCCACGAGCAACUCCUGAGUCCAGGCUGGCUGCCCCGGCCUCUGGGGAGCACUCGGCUCCUUUUCCCCACCCUGGCUGAGGCUGCUGCAGAGUUCAGCCCCUUACACCUGCAUUGGCUCCAGACCGCCACGGCCCAUGGACUAGAGGUGCUGCUGCUCUGCCGUCCCAGCAGCACCAGGUGGGCCCUGGGCUAUAGCCAAGCUCAGGACUCGGCCUAGCCUGAGCACGCAGCCCCUGGAGGGAAGUCCGCACCUGGCUGUGCUCGGCCAGAGGGGCACAGGCCACCUGUCCCCAAGCAGGCGCCUCCUUUCCGUCUUGAACCUUACCCUCCAAAUGUUCCAUGGCAGAAAGGUUUUUAUGAUUUUAAAUUAUUACUGCUUUGAAAUAAAUGGACGUUUUAGCCCAUGCGUGGCCACACAUGAUCUCUGGAGAGCCAGGUAAAGCUACUCCACCUGGCCAUGCCCCCCCAGGACAAACCAUGGCCCCAGCCCACCCAUGAGCCCCUGGGAAACCAGAGGCCAGGGCCUUCACCACACAGCCAGCUCCGGCCUUGGGACCAUAAGGGUGACCAGCAGAACCAGGAACAAGCCGCUCCAACGGACAUUUUGUAAAGGGAGAAAUACGUGUAUCUUGAAAGCUAUUUAAAA